AUACACAGAAUGUGAUCACUGAUCAGCGCCAGCGCAGAUUCUUGCAGAUUGUAGCUGAUUUAUGUCGAUUACAGACGUAGUUUUUUGGCGUCGGAAAUAACAAAUAAUGAUUUGAUGUUUAAUGUAAUAAGUUUUGUGAAAUCGAACUUGUAGAAUUUUUGUUUGUGCCAAUAUGAAUUAUAGUGAUUGAGUGAAAGUGUUUAGUGUGACAGAGUUUUCACUCAAGAAUGUAACAAUCGAGUGGUGAAAUUCGCUGUUCGCGAUUUUCUCGGAGUCGGCUGAUUGCGCUAUUUACAUCAGUCAAAAUUGAAAGUUUUUAAAUAGCCGAGACUUGAAAUUUCAUAAAAGAAAAAAAAAUGGUCAGCAACGGUUCAAGCGGCCCUCCACGCGGCCCUCCCCGCAUUCAGGUCUUCAGGCCAACAUACGAUGAGUUUAAAGAUUUUGCAAAAUACGUGGAGUUUAUGGAGAGCAAAGGUGCUCAUAAGGCUGGUUUAGCGAAAGUUAUUCCUCCUCCCGAAUGGGUACCUAGAAAAGGAGGCUAUGACAUUGAUUCCCUUAAUUUAAAUAUACCUGCUCCUAUUUGUCAGGUAGUUACUGGAAAACAAGGUCUUUAUCAGCAAAUAAAUAUUCAAAAGAAGUCUAUGACUGUAAAAGAGUAUCAAAAAUUGGCCAACUCGGAAAGAUACAAUACACCUAGACAUUUUGAUUAUGAAGAUUUGGAGCGUAAAUAUUGGAAGAACAUUACUUAUGUUGCCCCAAUUUAUGGAGCAGACGUAUCUGGUUCCCUCACUGAUCCUGAUGUGAAUGAGUGGAACAUUAAUCAUUUAGGAACUAUUCUAGAUUAUGUCAAUAAAGAUUAUGGAAUUUCUAUUGAUGGAGUUAACACUGCAUAUCUGUAUUUUGGAAUGUGGAAAACUACCUUUGCAUGGCAUACUGAAGAUAUGGAUCUUUAUUCAAUUAAUUAUUUGCAUUUUGGAGCUCCUAAGACGUGGUACGCUAUUCCACCUGAACACGGCAGGCGAUUGGAGCGCUUGGCGAAUGGAUUUUUUCCAUCAUAUUAUCAAAAUUGUCAAGCUUUCUUGCGUCAUAAGAUGUCUUUGAUUUCUCCUCAAAUUUUAAGGCAAUACUCAAUCCCUUGCAACAAAAUAACACAAGAAGCAGGUGAAAUAAUGAUUACAUUUCCUUAUGGUUAUCAUGCUGGUUUCAAUCAUGGUUUUAAUUGCGCGGAAUCAACAAAUUUCGCUGCUCCUAGAUGGGUAGAAUAUGGAAAAAGAGCUACUCAGUGUACUUGCAGUAAAGAUAUGGUCAAAAUUUCCAUGGAUACUUUCGUCAAACGUUUUCAACCCGAAAGAUAUCAAUUGUGGUUACGUGGAGAAGACAUUGGACCUCAUCCUGAAGAUCCACGACAGACAGCUGCUCCCAUGCCAUCUCAGUUGGAUUUACUUUGUAAUAGUAAAAGUAAUGGAGAAUUGCCAGAGAGUUUUCUUUCUGCUAUUCCCAAAAAUAAGCGUCAUACAAUUCAUUGCAAGAAGAAUGGCCCCAGUACAAAUAUGGAUUUGACACAGUUAGUUAAAAACCAACCAAAUAUUCCUCCAUACGUGAAGCAAUUUCUCCAGAUGAUGGAUGAUGAAGAACCAGAAGCAGAGCCGGAUGAACAACAAUUGGAAGUUUUGGAAGACAUUUGGCUAAAAGCUGGAGAAAUGGAUGUGGAUGAGGCAUCAGUCUUUGACGAUGGAUAUAACCGUAAGAAAGGAAAAAAAAGAAAGAAAAAGUUACUUUCAGAAAAGGAAAAGCCUAAAACAAGAAAAUCAGCUCUUAAGUCAAGAGUUAAUUCUGAAAGCAGCUCAACAGAGGAAAAAUUGAAUACAACGGAUGAUAUGCUAUCUCCUGGUUCAACAAAAUUUUCAAAUACAAGUGCAUCUGAAAAUGAUGAUAAGGAAAAGUUAUUAAAAUAUGUUCCUCCAAAAGAGAAAUGUCAGAAAGGAAGACCGGGCCGUAAAAAGAAGUUCUCUGAUGAAACGGCUAAAGAUAAGAAAUCGAAGAUUGCAGUAAAUAAAAAACUAAAGCAGUCAAGAGCAAUAAAAAAUAAAGGCAAGUUUUCUGACAGUGAGUUAUUUAAUAGCAGCGAACCAUUAGACGUGUCAGAUGCUGAUGUUCAGCGAAAACUAAUGGCAAUGCCCAGUCUUUCUGCCUAUAAGAAUACUGCAAUAGCAAACUCCAGUUCUCAAACUGAAAUCUCAUCAGAAGUAUCUUCUUCAGAAACUGAUGUUGAAAUUAAGCCUAACAUAAAUAAUCUUCAAAAUGAUUCUUUAUCGCUAAACAUCACUUCAAUAGAAAGCAGCAUUGAUAUUGAUGAUAAAUCUUCAAUUAAUGCUAUUGUUUCUGGUAUUAAACCAACAGCUGAUAACAAUUUUGCUAAAAUAACUAAAAUCAAUGAUGAUUUUAAAACUAUCUCCGAGAUUAAAAUGUGUAAGCCUACAAUUUUAAAGCGACCAAGUUGUGCAAUGCAAAGGAAGAGAAUGAAAAAUAUCCCGAAUAUGAAAGACAGUACACCUCUAGUCAAUUUGGAGUCUCCGCAACAAUAUAAUUGUACAAAUAUAAAAGAUUCCUGCAUUAUUAACGAGCAGUCAAUGGCUUAUGGUAGAAAUAACAUAUUGAAAGCACCUAAACUUAAUUUACCUGUGAACAAACAAGAUCAGCGACAAAUGCCGAAACUUGAAUCGGAGAAAUUAAUUCAAGAAAACAAGAAUUUUAGUAGAUUGAUCGAUAAAGCUUACAUUCUUCCUCCAAAAGUAUGGAAUCCGUCACAAAAUUCUCACUUGAUAUCAUCAAAUAAUGUGGCUUAUUUACCGAGUACUACAACCAUCACCAAAUGUAAUCAUCCAAGUCAAUCAGGUUUUAUAAAUCAGUCACCAGGUUUAAACCAAUCGUCAAUUUCGAAUCAACCGACAGCAAUGAGUACACCAUCGAUAUUAAAUCAACCGACGAUGUCGAGUCAAUCUUCAAUGUCGAACCAGACUCCAUACAUGAUUCAGUCUUCUUGUUCCAAUCAGUUGUACAACACUGGCCAAGUUUCAAUUUCUAAUCAACCAUGUGCAUCAAAUCAGUUUGUACCUAUAAAUUGCAGUCAAUCUAUGCCCAUGUCAAGCAAUCAAAGGAUAGAUUUACUCAAACCGAGUGUUCCCUCUCAACGAACUCCCGAUAAUCGAAUCUAUCAAAAGACCAAAAAAAUGCUUAUAGUAGAACCGGUACCAAUUAAUUACUCAAAAACCUCCAAUGACGAUGCAAAAAAUGUCAUUAGAAAGUUUAUUCAACCUGAAUCUCAAAGGCUCUUCAGUUCAAUCCUCGACUCGGAUAAUAAAUGUAAUACCUCCAUUGCAUUAUUGCCCAAUAAUCAAGAAAAGUUUUCCUCUCCUUCAACCACUGGCAUUUCACCGCCCAUUAAAAUACCAAAGCCUCUGCUGACCGCAACAACAAUAACACCGACAAAUAUUCCAAAAUAUCCCAUUGCUAUCGAUUAUCUAAAACAUCAAAAAUCGCCAAACAUAUGUCAAAUGAUUAAUCAGAAAAAACCACCACCCUCCUUAUUACGAAUAUCAAAGCCAAUUCAAAAGAACAUGAACAAGUCGAUACUUCCAACAAAAGACUAUAAACCUCCAACUUUUCUCAAUUCAUUUAAAUCCGACGAUGAUAACGACGAUGACGUAAUAAUUGAAGAAAUAGGACCCAAACCAAUAUCCAUUGAAAAAUUAAAAAUUAUGUCCAAAUGUUCAAUAGCAACACAAGUUAAUAAUUUGCCUGAAAAUAAUAUUUUUUUAAAUAGUUCAACAAGUAGUGGUAUUAUUAAACCAUCGAUUGACAUGAAUCGAACAAUUUUUAAGCCUACUGAAAACUUUGAAAAAAAUGAACCAAAGACUGUAGAAUUAGAGGAUAAUGAAUUUCCAGAGUGUAGAAAUAAUUACUAUGAUUAUCUAUCGCAGAACACUCAGCAUAAGAUACAAAAUAAGGCUCCAAGUAUAAUAGCCUCGAUGGAAUCGAAAAGUCGAAGAAAAUCAAAAGAGAAGCCAAAAAAAUUUGUCGCUAAUCGAAUAAUAGAUGCAUCAGUUUCAAAAGUCAAUAGUCUGUCGCCAUCGUUGGGCUCUUAUGGAAAAAAUAUUCCACCUGUUAAUAGCUCGAUUAUCCCAGGACAUGUUUCAGAAAUGCUCUAUCCAAAUGUACCGGAUAAUAAUAGUUUACAGACAUUCAACGAUUAUUGGAGUGCACAAAUUUCGCACUGUGCAGUUUGUGCACCUUUCGCUUUAGCUAAAAGUCAAUGCAAUAGUCAGAUGUCUUCAGAUUGGAAGUAUUCUACACCUACAGUAUUACCCGAAAGUUCUCCAAUUUGGGUUUCCUCAAGACUGUUUGCUGCGAAUUCGAAAGAACAAAAUAUAGAACCAGAGAACAGUAAACUUCUUAGAUGCAGAGAGUGUCAUGUAACAGUUCACGCAUCUUGUUAUGGUGUUACUGUAAUUUCUAACGAUUCUCAAAGUUGGGCAUGUGAUAAGUGUAAGGCUGGAAAAAAGACACAGAUGUGUUGCCUGUGUCCAAUGAUUGGUGGAGCUGUAAAGCGGACAAGCGAUGGUCUUUGGGCUCAUAUAGUGUGUGCACUUCUAUUACCAGGGAUAACAUUUAAGGAUGCUAUAAACAAGGAUCCAAUAAACGUUUUAACAAUGAAAUUGGGAAUAACUAAACAACAGUGUUGUUGCUGUGGACAAAGGAGUGGAGCUUGCCUUACUUGCGAUAAAUGUGGUGCUCUGUUUCAUCCUUCCUGUGGAUUAGUGAAGGGUGCCACUUUCGUUAUUCCACCGUAUAAUGCAGAAGAACUACAAAUAACUUGUCAUCGUCAUGAUGAUGGGAAGGAGAAAAUACCAUUGGUCGGUCUAGGCGAAGUUGUAUGGGCUAAACAUCGUAACACACGUUAUUAUAAAGCAAAAAUUUCGUCGAUUCAAGAUACUCUUUUUUACAUGGUCACAUUUGAGGAUCAUAGUUUCAGCGAAGAUCUUUAUCCAGACGACAUUACCAACUACGACCCUCGAAAUGUGCCUACGAUUGGAGCACAUGUUAGAGUUAAGUGGACAGAUAAUAACAUUUAUGAUGGAAUUUUUGAAGGCACCAAUCAUCGCAUUAUGUACAAUGUCGUCUUUGAAGAUAGUUCUCAACUUUCACUGAAAAGAAAUGAAAUCUACAGUUUACAAGAGGAUUUACCAAAAAGAGUUCGUUUACGUUUGUCUGUUGCCACUGAAAUGAAGCAUCGAGCUCAUCUUUAUGGCAUUGAGGAAGAUUCGGAAUCGCAAAGGAAGGUGAAACCGUCGAAAAAAAUAUGAUAGAAUAUAUGGGAAAAUGGCGUUUGAGACGUUUCUAAACGUGUACAUGUACAAAAAAAAGUCUCUGAAAUUAGAGUAUAAUUAUUUUACGUGCAUAAUGCUAAAUUUUAUUUGAUCGACUUUUAUUUUAAGUUUAUUAGCAAGUGAAAACUAAUUCGAUUAGUUAAAUCUACAUUUUAUUUAUUUUUUUUUCUAGAAUUAUAGUCGCUUUAAAUGUUUACUCUUAAUUACACGUUGCACAAACGUGUGAUAUAAUAAAAUGUAUUAUACAUUACAUAUUAAUUAUAUAUUAUACAAAUUACAUAGCCUACUUUAUAUACAUAUAUGUAAACAGAAUGAAAUAUGCCGAUUGUAUAUUUUAGGGUACGCUUCAGUCGUACAAAUAUAAUUGUAAGAUUUUCGCUUUUCCCGGUUUUUACAUAAUACAAUUAAAUUAUUUUUUUGCGAAAUUCAAUUAAUUCUCGUGUAUCUACAAGUUGAUUUUUAUAUAGAAAAGGAGUAUUUUUUUCUUUUUUGUUUAGGUACUCGAACGUUACGAAUAAUCUGCUUUAAUACUGUGACUUUUCUAUAUUAUUUUUAAUGUUGAACAACAUUCUAAUAAGAAAAUUUUCAUACAUUUUAGUAAAGUUUAUGUAUUUAGGCAGAUAAUGAGUUGUGAAUGUGAAUGCUAUCAUUACCAUUAAUUACCGACUUUAAUAUAUUUAUUAUUUUAUAUGAAAUUGAUCAUUAGUAUUGAAUUGUGAGACAUAAUUUUCAAAAUAUUUACAAUUAAACAUGUUGAAAGUUUGGGCUCAUUAAUUUUUUUUCAAUAAAUUUUUUAAAUAUUUUAAAUAAUUGAAUUAUUCAUAUUUCUUUCAAGUAUAUACAAUCGAUUUACACUUGCAAAUAUUUGUGGGAGAAAUUGACGAUAUUGUAUAAAAGAAAUAAAACCUUUUAAUUGUACGGUAUUUAUUGGAAAUAUUGAAAUAGAAUGGAGAAUUUUUGAAAUGUAAUAUUGAGCUCAAAUUUUACUUACUUAUAGUGUAUUGUAUAAGAUUUCGUAUGUAAAUAUUAAGAAGAUAAAUUAUGGAAAAUUUGAAGAAUUCUAUUGUACAUCACAUAUUAUAUCUUCUCCAUUUUAUAGAUCAGUUAUUGAUAAUCUAGUCAUCUGAUACGAAAACUUAAUUGUUCACUGUUUAAAAUUGUAGUCUAUAGAUAAAGAGUUUAGGUUCAAAAAUUAUUUUAUAAUCAUGCUUCUUCUGUACUGAAAUAUCAGAUGAUUGGACUUAUAUUUGGUGUAUGUUUGUAAUGAUGUAAAACAUGAUUGAUAUUAUUAUUAAUAUUAUUUUACAAAACUAUGAAACAAUUAUUAUUUUUUUCAUGUUAAUAGGACUUAUCCAAGACAAAACCCUUGUAAAGCAAGCCGAAUUGUCUUUGAUCUCAUUUAAACCUAUUUAAUUAAGUAUAAUUACAGAUUGUUCAUUGGCGUUUCUUCACAAAUGUAACUUUGAUCACAGAUUAUAAAACUUAGAUGUAAUUAUGUAUCGAAAUAAAAUUAAUAAACAUUGCGAAAGUAGUGCGUUGAAA